AUGAAACAGAUAGUGAUCUUAAUUGCAGUUUUAACUGGGAUCUUUGCACAGAGCGGUGAUGUCACAUGUGAUUAUCGACCAACAGGCGAUGAAAUAGUGGAAAGUGCUGUCCCUAUUGCAACGUUCCGCACCUCUGGAGCAGAUUUCGUCAGGGCGAACUGGUGUAUCACUCACUGCAAAGAUCGAAAAUCUAUUAAAGCUGCAAUGAAUUUCCAACCAAGCAAUGGCACAACUCCUGGAUUCACCGUCAAAAGUUACCGUAUGGCACAGGGGAAACGUAUAUUCAAGGUUUUCGGCGUUACGAAACAAAUCGACGAUGGCGAUAAUACAUUUUGUGUGGAUGACAAUGUAGCUGCAACGGCUGACAGUGUUUUCCAAAAAUAUAGCGACGUGGAGACAAUCACCGAAGCGCUCAACUACUACAUCAACAAACCAGGAUGGGCUUAUUUGGUCUAUCAGAUGGGGCCGCCACCUUCAAUUAUCAGCACUUCAAAUGUUUAUAUGAAUUCCAACUUUUGCAUGAAAACAUACAAUAAGGUUAUCAAUGGACAAUACGCCGAGUUCCAGAUGUUUGCAGGAUUGGUUCAAAAUUAG